UAUAUAUAUAUAUAUUAGUCGCAGGUAUCAGAGCUGCCAGUCAGCAACAACUACAGCAGAGAAUGAGAUCAACACUUCCCAUCACUCUCAUCCUCGCCCUCUUGGGGGGAGUGAGAGCACAGGUGUGCGCUCCUGACUGCUCAAAGCACAACUCAGGAGACAGUGUGAGAGAUCCAUCCGAUUGUACCAACUACUACGAGUGCGUCGAUGUUGGUGGUGAGGUAAUACCAUCGACGGAACCCGUACCGUGUGGGGACAAAGACUACUUCAACCCCGAACAUGGGAACUGCGAACCCAUAGACAGCGCCGAUGACUCAUUCUGCGACAAUCUCUGCAACCCUUGCGCGAUCAGCUGCAAAGAGUCAGGCAUCGUAGUACCCGACCCCGAAGACUGCAACAUCUAUUACGUCUGUCUCGAGAACGAGAUCUCUCUGAAGCAGACAUGUCCCUAUAGUGCUGAGUACUUCGAUUUCCGAACAGGGAAAUGUUCUCAAGACGACACUGUGUGCUACGAGUACUGCGAUAUCUGCAAGCCUCACUGUACAUUACCUGACACCAAAGUACCGGACCCCUAUGACUGUAAUAAAUUCUACCAGUGUAAUCCUCCACAUGUUGUCAGCUUCACCUGCCCACACGGCGAGGUGUUCGACAGAAAACUCUAUGAGUGUAUAGCAGGCGCCAAUUGUAUUAUCGAUUGUGAGUGACAGUAAUACUUGUGAUUUCAGCAUGUGAGAUAUAAAACUGCUCUUGGAAUAUGUAGAAUCAGUGUGUACAUCAAUAUGGAAUACUUGAAUCAUCUUUCACGGCUAUAAUGUGCAUUUCUAAAAUAAAAUGUCUCCAAGGAAAA